GCCUAAGACUGAACCUUGGGGUACACCCGAAGUGACUGGGAAUAGACGAGAGCAAAAUGAUUUAAGUUGAAUAAACUGGGAUUGGUCAAGAGUUGUGAUUGGAACCAAGCUACGGAUGUGUCAGAGAUGCCAAGAGAGGAAAGUCUGCUUAGAAGGGUGCAGGAGAGAUGAAAGGACUGAGCUCAGAAUGUUGAGAAGACCAGAGUCAGCUCCAAUUAGAAGUUCAUUAGUGAAUUUAAGUGAAAAUAGUUACACUGUCAGAUUUAUUGACUGUUUGUUUGUUUGUUGUUUGUCAUAUAGGCACACAAUACACAUACCAGAGCAGAAGCUCCUGAGCAACCCAUGUUAAAGAGGCCACCAUACUCCUACAUGGCCAUGAUCCAGUUUGCUAUCAAUAGCAGAAAGAACCGGAGGAUGACCCUCAAAGAGAUUUACAUGUGGAUUGAGGACAAUUUCCCUUACUAUAGAGAUGUGGCCAAACCAGGCUGGAAGAAUUCCAUCCGCUAUAACCUCUCUCUGCAUCACAUGUUCAUUCGUGAAAUGUCUCCAGAUGGUAAAAAGUCUUUCUGGACUAUCCGACCUGAAGCCAAUCGAUGCCUCACACUUGAUCAUGUGUGCAAGUUCUUCAGGAGCCAUCUUCAAAUCGCACUCAUCGCAGCAGUAAGCCAAGAAGGGACAAAAAACCCAGAAGCACCAAAAGAGGACACUUCCAGAUGCAAGAAAAACACCAACUAGCUCUGGUGA